AUGAGUCUGAAAGGCGUAGGCAAGAGCCUCACCCGGGCGCCACAAUCGUUCAAGCAGCGCUUUAAUAUUGGCGAGAACACCAAGGACGCCGUCUAUAUCGAUGCAGAGCGACGGUUCCAGGAGCUCGAAAAGGAAACUAAGAAACUGCAUGACGAGUCGAAGAAGUACUUCGAGGCCAUUAAUGGCAUGCUGAACCACCAGAUCGAGUUCUCAAAGGCCAUUCAAGAGAUCUACAAACCCAUAUCUGGGCGCGUCUCGGACCCGAACUCGCUGAUUCCCGAAGGCAAUCCGGAAGGCAUUCGAGCCUGCGAAGAAUACGAGGCCAUUGUGCGGGAGCUGCAGGCAACACUACAACCUGAGCUGGAAAUGAUCGAACAGCGGGUAAUAGCCCCUGCCGACCAAUUACUCGAGGUCAUCAAAAUCAUCCGCAAAAUCAACGUCAAGCGAGAUCACAAACAGCUGGAUUAUGACCGUCACCGGACGACCCUGAAAAAGCUGCAAGAUAAAAAGGAAAAGACGCUGAAGGACGAAAAGGCUCUUUUCAAAGCAGAAAAUGACGUGGAACAAGCCACACAGGACUACGAAUACUUCAAUAACCUGCUGAAAGACGAACUACCUAAACUCUUCGCCCUAGAAGCCGAGUUCAUUCGGCCCCUCUUCCAGUCGUUCUACUACAUGCAACUCAACGUCUUCUACACCCUCCACGAAAAGAUGCAAGCCAUCAAUAUCGGCUACUUCAACUUGAAUCUGGAUAUUGAAGAGGCCUUCGAAAUGAAGCGAGGCGACGUCCAGGAACGAGCAGAGGCUCUCUCGAUAGUCCAUUUCAAGACUGCGGGAGGAGCGAAACCCCGUGGCGUCUCAAAAUACGCCAGCUUCGGCUCUAAGGGCAAAGAAGCAGAGGCGAAUAGCAGCCUUAAAUCACCAUAUGGCAGUCGGAGGACAGCUAACCCUGAGGACGGCGUUGCCAAUCCACCUCCGCCAUACUCGCCCAGCGGCUCAGCAAGUGCGCCCCACAGCCCUGCUAUCGGCAGUCCUGCGAUCGGAAGCCCGGCUCUGGGCGCGGCGAUUGCGGCUAAGGGAAAGCCUCCACCACCGAAGCCGAAACCCUCUCGUCUGAGCGGCGUUCCGGCUGCUGAGACUUGUACGGCAUUGUACGACUACGAAGCCCAGGCGGAGGGAGAUCUCAGUUUCCUUACGGGGGAAGUUAUUGAGAUCGUACACAGGACGUCAAACGAAAACGAAUGGUGGACGGGGAGGGUCAACGGGCGACAAGGACAAUUUCCCGGUAAGUUGAGCUUGCAAUGUCUCUGUUCCUGUAUUCUUCAAUGGGUUUUCGUCUUUGCACAAAGGGCUGAUCGAAGCAAAUAG